AUAAAUGAGAGCUCUUAUGAUGAUUCUGCUUUCCCCUUUUACAGAUGGGGAAACUGAGGUGCAGAGCGGGUGGGGAUUUUCUAGGGUCACUCAGGGAACUGUCUAGAAGGAAGCAGUGAAGAGAGAGGAACAGGUGCUUCCUCCAGAAAGAGGGUCUUCCUGCCCUCGCUCCUCUUCCUCACAUGCCCUCCUUACUUGCCCUCUAGAGUCCUGGGACAAGUGAGGGGGAGGGGGAGGGGCAAUGGGAGGAACUCACCCCCACCCCUGGCUCGCAGGUGCCACCACCCCCGCUCUCUGCCCUGGCCCCAGGCCAAAGGGACUUUUCAUGACAGCUCAAAUGAGACCUCUGAGUAAAUUUGGAACUUCUGUACCAACCUGAGAAUAUUCCCCAGGCUGGGGGUCAGGGGCCCCAUGGAGGGCCUCCGACUGCCCAGGACAUCUGUGUCUGGAACCCAGACUGCUGGUCUCUGCAGCCCCCAGGAAGGAUCUGGCCACCUCCACCCCUCACCCCGAACUGUCCCUAGGGAAGUGGGGCAAGUGCCCCAACCCAGCUCCCAGCUCAGGCCUAGGCUGUCACUCGCUGUGUGAACAUGACAAGGCCCUAUGCCUUUCUGGGCCUUCUUUUCUUCAUCUGCCAAGUGGGCUUGACUAGGACGAGGGCUUGCCAGCUUUCCCCAGAAUGAAUCAGUAACACCAGUCCUUUAUGGCCAGGGCCAGGGCAGGUGGACAGGGCUGCUGGGAACUGAGGGGUGAGAGAGGGUGGGUGGCCAGCCCCGCCCCCACCUCAUGGCCUCUAGCUGUCACACAUCAAAGCCCCCUUCCGCUGCUCUACACCCAGCCCCUCCUGGGCUGGAGGAAAGGGAGCUGGAGUGAGAUCUGGCUGCAGAGGCUGAGAGGUUGCAAGGUUUGGGCAAGGCUGCACGGGAUGACAGGGCUUGCAGGGAGAUCGAGAUUGCACAGGCAGCAGACAUGGGGAGUGGGGACUGCAGGGGCUGGGACUGGGAUUUCGUGCUCCUCAGCUAGGAGAGGUUGCACAGGCUGGAAGAAGUGCCAGGAGGGAAAGAUUGCUGGAGCUAAUAUUUACUGCCUGGCAAGCAGAGAGAGAUAGGCUGAGAGGUCACACAGCCUCAAAGCUUGCAUGAGCUGGGGAGGGGGAAGGCCCUUCCUCUCACCUUCAGCUUCUACUGAUUAAGCGGUAAGCCUGAGGUCCCCAACAUACCUGUCUUCAGACACCCAUAACCUACCCCUUGCCAUUGGCACAAAAAAAAAAAAAGAUAAAAGCAACUAACCCUAACCACACCCCUAACUCUAACCACGCUUCCCUGCCUCACACUUCUCAGCCAGGCUAAGCCUGCUGCCCCCAUUCCACAGAUGAGGAAAGCUGAGGCUCAGAGAAAGGCAGAGAUACAGCCGAGUUCCCACUGUGGGUGAGUGAUAGUCUUCCGAUCCAGGAGCACCUGGCUGGUUCUUCCCCAGCCGGAGAACUCAUUGAGAUGAGAGCUCGCUGUGUGACCCUGGGCAGCCCACUGUCCUUCUUUGAAAGUUCUUUUUUACUAAUCUGAUGACAUUAGUCGUGAUUAUUCACACUCCUGGAAAGGAGGGUGUUGCCUGAGGUGGGGUUGUGGGGGAGAGUGAGGAAGCUGAUGAGGAAAUCAGGACCUCUCAGGGGCUGCCUCAAUCCUUAGCCCCAUUCAUUCAUUCAUUCAUUUUCAUUUAUUCAUUCACCAUUGUUCUUCAGCCCCCUUCAGCUACUUAUUGAGCAACUACUGUGUUCCGGGUCCCCUUCUCUGCACUAGGGCUACUGUGCUGAACAAAGCAGGUCAAUUACCCAACCUCUGGGAGCUUAUGCUUCAGUACAGAAACAAAUUAUAAACACAUACAUAGAGACAUUUACAAAACUAUUGCUCAUAUUACAUUUGCUAUGAAGGAGACAAACUAGGGGAUGUGGGUACAGAGAUCUACUGGCGUAGACCCAGUUCAGACGGGGGAUGGCCUCUUUGGAGAGGCAACACAGAACCUGAAACCUGAGGAUGAGAAAGGAGGCUGGGGAAAAAGCAUUCUAGGCAGAGGGAAUGGCGUGUGCAAAGGCCCUGGCAUAGGAAAAAAAGGUUGAAGCAUUAAAACUUUUAUCCUCAGCCGGGAGCAUUGCCUCACACCUGUAAUUCCAGCAUUUUGGGAGGCAGAGGCGGGCAGAUCACCUAAGGUCAGGAGUUCGUGACCAGCCUGAGCAACAUGGUGAAACCCUGUCUCUACUAAAAAUACAAAAUUAGCCAGGCGUGGUGUCCCAAGCCUGUAAUCCAGUUAUAUGGGAGGCUAAGGUAGGAGACUCACUUGAACCCAGGAGGUGGAGGUUGCAGUGAGCUGAGAUCGCAUCACGGCACUCUAGUCUGUGCAACAGAACAAGACCCCAUCUCGAAAACAAAAACAAAAACAAAGCACAACAACAACAAAACCUUUAUCCUCACCAAAUACACAAGGCUCUCAAUCCCCUGACCUCCAGAAAAAGCCGUCAAAAAGGGUAAAAUUUAACCUAGGAGUGUACAGUCUACAAGUCUACAUAGGUUUUAACACUGAGGGUAAUGUUUGUUCACAAGUCGUUCCCACAGAAAGCAUUUUCUUUCAUUUAGUCACUCGUGUAGCAAAUGUUUUGAGCACCCACUGUGUGUUAGACACUGGUUAGUCACUGGGGAUUUAGCGGUAACCAACAGACAUACUGUUCCUGCCUAGAUGGUGCCCAGAAUGCAGAUGAAAACACCGUGAGCUGUGUGCUAUGUGGAGGGUGGACCCCAGAGGAAGGAGUGACUCAUGCUCUUUGGAGAGGUCAAAGAUUGACAGAGGAGCUGCCAUUUGAAUGGAAUUUUGAAGACUGAGUAGGAGGCUGAUAGCCAAAAAGGGCAGAGAGUUCCAGUGGCUAAAACAGCAUGUGCACAGGUGUAGAAACCAAGUGAAUCGGUCAUGUUGGUGAGGCUGUCAGUGGUCUGAUGAGCCUGACCCAGGAUGAAUACUGGGAGCUAGAUCCUGAAAUGCUUUGAAUACCAGACAAGGAAUUUGAAGUUUUCUCUUGUGGACAACAGAGAGCCAUGGAAUGACAUGGUUGGAGUGAGAAUGGAGUUGGUGGAAUCACAGCUCUAUAGCUAUAGCAGGAAGGUCAGAGAGGAGGACCAGCAGGAGAGCAGGUCCGUGGGAGUCAGCAUGCUGCUUGGCUCGGCUGUCCCCUUGCUCAUGCUGCUGCUCCAGGGAGGCUGGGGCUGCCCCGCCCUCGUCUGCUACACAGAUUACCUCCAGACGGUCAUCUGCAUCCUGGAGAUGUGGAACCUCCACCCCAGCACACUGACCCUCACCUGGCAAGACCAGUAUGAAGAGCUGAAGGACGAGGUCACCUCCUGCAGCCUCCACAGGUCGGCCCACAACGCCACGCAUGCCACGUAUACCUGCCACAUGGAUGUGUUCCACUUCAUGGCUGAUGACAUUUUCAGUGUCAACAUCACAGAUCAGUCUGGCAACUACUCCCAGGAGUGUGGCAGCUUUGUCCUGGCUGAGAGCAUCAAGCCGGCUCCCCCUUUCAACGUGACCGUGACCUUCUCAGGACAGUAUAAUAUCUCCUGGCGCUCGGAUUACGAAGACCCCGACUUCUUCAUGUUGAAGGGCAAGCUUCAAUAUGAGCUGCAGUACAGGAACCGGGGAGACCCCUGGGCUGUGAGUCCAAGGAGAAAGCUGAUCUCAGUGGACUCAAGAAGUGUCUCCCUCCUCCCCUUGGAGUUCCGCAAAGACUCCAGCUAUGAGCUACAGGUGCGAGCAGGGCCCAUGCCUGGCUCCUCCUACCAGGGGACCUGGAGCGAGUGGAGUGACCCAGUCAUCUUUCAGACCCAGUCAGAGGAGUUAAAGGAAGGCUGGAACCCUCACCUGCUCCUUCUCCUCCUGCUUGUCAUAGUCUUCAUUCCUGCCUUCUGGGGCCUGAAGACCCACCCAGCCUGGAGGCUGUGGAAGAAGACAUGGGUCGUCCCCAGCCCCGAGAAUUUCUUCCUGCCUCUGUACAAGUGCUACGGAGGAGACUUCAAGAAAUGGGUGGGUGCACCCCUCACUGCCUCCAUCCUGGAGCUGGGACCCUGGAGCCCAGAGGUGCCCUCAGCCCUGGAGGUGUACAGUUGCCGCCUACCACGGAGUUCGGCCAAGAGGCUGCAGCUCACAGAGCUUCGAGAACCGGCAGAGCUGGUGGAGUCUGAUAGCGCACCCAAGCCCAGCUCCUGGGCCAUGGCCCAGAACUCUGGGGGCUUAGCUUACAGCGAGGAGGGGGACCGGCCAUACGGCCUGCUGUCCAUCGACACAGUGACUGUACUAGAUGCAGAGGGACUGUGCACCGGGCCUUGCAGCUGUGAGGAUGACGGCUACCCAGCCCUGGAUCUGGACACCGGCCUUGAGCCCAGCCCAGGCCUAGAGGACCCACUCUUGGAUGCGGGCACCACAGUCCUCUCCUGUGGCUGUGUCUCGGCUGGCAGUCCUGGGCUAGGAGGGCCCCUGGGAAGCCUCCUGGACAGACUAAAGCCACCCCUUGCAGAUGGGGAGGACUGGGCUGGGGGACUGCCCUGGGGUGGCCGGUCACCCGGACGGGCCUUAGAGAGUGAGGCGGGCUCGCCCCCGGCUGGCCUGGAUAUGGACACGUUUGACAGUGGCUUCGCGGGCUCUGACUGCAGCAGCCCUGUGGAGUGUGACUUCACCAGUCCCGGGGAUGAAGGCCCCCCCCGGAGCUACCUCCGCCAGUGGGUGAUCAUUCCCUCGCCACUCUCAAGCCCUGGACCCCAGGCCAGCUAGUGAGGCUGACUGGCUGUCCAGAGCUGGCCACUGGCUACCGGGCCCUGAGCCAGAGACAAGGUCACCUAGGCUGUGACUGAAGACACCUGCAGCCUUUGGGCUCCCAGAUGGGCCUUCGAGCCUGACGUUUACAGUGUCUGUGUGUGUGCAUGUGUGUGUGCAUGUAUGUCAUGAGUGCAUGAAUGUGCAUGUGUGCCUGUGUGUGUGCAUGUGUAGGUGCAUGUGUGUGCAUGUGUGUUGGUGCAUGUGUAGGUGUGUUUGCAUGUAUGUGUAUGUGUGGGUACAUAUGUAUGCAUGCAUGUGUGUGCAUGUGUAGGUGCAUAUGUUUGAGUGUGUGUUGGUGCAUGUGCAUGUGCAUGUGUGUGUGUGUGUGUCUCUCAGGUGCGGGCACAGUGACAUGUCCACGUGUGAGUAUGAUUGCAUAUGCCUGUGGGCCUGGAGAAUGCCCAUGGUACUGUAUGCAUUCUGGGCCCAGGGAGCUCACCCGAGUGUACCAGUGUGCACAGCAAACGUGUCUGUGGGCAACAGAUGACAACAGCCUUCAUCCUUGCCAGGGUCUUGUGUCACAAACUAGUCCACGGCCCCUCCAGGGCCUUGUGGGAUCAGGGCAUUGCUUGCGGCAGAGGCCAAGCCCAGCCCUCCAGCAUCUGCCUCCAGGAGCUGCAAGAAGUCCAUAUGGUUCCUUGUCACCUGCCAGCAGGAAGGGAAAGGGGUUGCAGUGAGCCCACGGUGACCCCACCCCGGGUUGGGAAGAUUUUGGGUGACCCAUGUAGGAAAGUCUGAAUCCAGACUCUGAUACCUUCUGGCUGUGCUACCUGAGCCAAGUUGCCUCCCCUCUCUGGGCUAGAGUUUCUUUGUCCAGACAAUGUGGAAGGCAUGACCUACCUGGGGGAAACUGGUGAUGUCACCUGUGUAUAUAGUACACAGCCCUGAGCAGACCCUCAGUAUACGUCAGCUUCCUUC